AUGGCGCCUAACCCGUACCUCCUCGCGGCCGACAACCCGGCCGCGCUCCUCGAGCUCCUCCGCGAAAACCCCACCUUGGCGUCCGGUCAAGACGAGCACGGCUACUCCCUCGUGCACGCCGCCGCCAGCUACAACCAUCUCGCCCUCCUCCGAACCCUAGCCCGCGAAUUCAACGUUCCGGUCGACAUCAAAGACGAGGACGGCGAGACAGCACUGUUCGUGGUCGAAUCCGUCGACGCCGCGCGCGUGCUCGUGGAAGAGUUGGGUCUGGACCCCAAGACACAGAAUGAUGAGGGACAAACGGCAGCGGAAAAGAUUGAGGGUGAGGCCGACUGGCCUGCAGUAGCCGAGUACCUCCGGGGCCUAGACGGGAGCUCGUCGGUCACCAACGGGGUGCCCAAUGGCACAACAUCGGCCGGGGUGGAACUGCCUCCCGUUCCAGAAGGGCUGCAAGUAACGAUGGGCACGAUGGAUGAGGCGGCGGCGGCUGGGGGGCAGCAGCCAGACCCCGAAUUUCGCAGAAGGAUAGAGGAGCUUUCUGCAAGGGAGGAUUUCCAGACACCCGAGGGGCAGGCCGAGUUGCGAAGGUUGGUCGAGGAGGCUAUCGGUGGCGGGGAAGGUUUGGGCGAGGAAAGGAGCGUUCGGCCGAGGCAAGAUUGA